GAUGAGAUAAUCAAGCUGAGGGACAAAUAUAGGUUCCGUGUUAUUCUGGAGGAGAGCCAUUCGUUUGGUGUGCUUGGCAAGUCUGGAAGGGGCCUUGCUGAACAUUAUGGGGUUCCAAUUGACAAAAUUGAUAUCAUCACUGCUGCAAUGGGAAAUGCAUUAGCUAGUGACGGUGGCUUCUGCACAGGAAGCGCCAGAGUUGUUGAUCAUCAGCGUCUAAGCAGCGCUGGCUAUGUCUUCUCUGCCUCUUUGCCGCCCUAUCUUGCCAGUGCUGCAAUUUCUGCUGUCAACUACCUGGAAGAGAAUCCUUCAGUUCUGACCAAACUAAGGAGCAAUGUUGCUCUUCUGCAUAAAGGACUGUCAGGUACACCGGGGCUUCAGAUUUCUAGCCAUGUUCUGUCACCUAUUGUCUUCCUCAAGCUGAAUAAAUCGACAGGUUCUCUGGCCACUGACCUAGAUCUUCUUGAAACCAUUGCCGGGCAGGCUUUGAAGGAAGAUUCAGUUUUCGUGGUCCCAUCCAAAAGGUCAACUUUGGACAGGUGCAAGCUCCCGGUUGGGAUCCGCCUGUUCGUAUCAGCUGGUCACACGGAAUCAGACAUCUCCAAAGUGUGUUCAUCCUUGAAGAAGGUUUCUGCGUCGGUCCUUUCAAACCACAAUUGAUUCCACGUUCCUUGAAAGACGAGAAGAGACGUUGGUCGUUUUCGACGCCCUGUGUACGGUAGCCUGAUUGUGGUUGGUAUAUGUACAUAACAAUUAUGUACAUGUGGACUAUGUUGCUGCUUAAACUUCAGGUUCAGCAGGGUUUUAGGUGUUGAAAAGUUCAGUUUCGACAGUAGCUGUUUUUCUUCAGUUUCGUCAGUUAAAUAACCGAGCUGCGCCUCGGCCGUAGCUAGCUAGUUGUGCGGCGCCCUGACCCGAUCGUGGGAUGGCACGACUAAACGGUCAUGGCGCCAUGAAGGGUGUCGAAUGGGGAUGCUGGGAUGGCGGCACUCGCGGCCCGAUCGUGCCCCAUUUUCCGUUGUUUCUGUUAGUGUCUAUAAAUAAAGACUGAAAAUAAAAGGAGAAUAAAUAGAAAACCUGCAAAGUUGU